CUGGUCUCCCCUCCUCAACCAACACCUCCCACAUCUUACCUCCACUCUCAUCUCCUCUCCUCUUCAUCCACCACCAAGUGCACCCAGUUCUUACACACCGACAGAUCUGCUCUUUUUCAUUCGUGCAUUCGCCGUUGACAUUACCGCCUCUGCUAGCUUAGCGACUCGACCACCCCUCCUUGCUGCCUUCACUCGCCCGUCCGCCUGAACGGCACCAGCACCCUCAAACAGCACCCACUCGCUCAGAGACUCGACGACCAGUCCUUUCUCCUCUCCGUUGGAAGCUAUCCAUCCACACCAAAGCUCAUCGGUAAGACCUCCUGCCUUGUGCAACGUGCAAUCGACAGCGGCAACACUGUUGGCGUUGGCAACCUGCACCGUGGUCGAGCUUCGUGAAGAUAUCUUUAUUGGGCACCCGAACACUCCCAUUUCCCUCCUCGAAAGAUCAACAUGACUCCUUUCGGGCAUCCCAGCACCCACAACUUGUUCUAUGGCAAGCAGCAUCGUCGUCAGACAAUCGCUGACCGUGGCUACAAGAACAUGGCAGCCAUGGACCAGAAGAACACCAACUUCAACCGCCAACAGACCGGCUACACCAACGCCAACAUUUACGGCAACCAGCAGCAGUACGGCAAUCGAGGCCAGCAAGGUCAGGCUUACGGCAUGCACCACAACCCACAGUCCGAUCCAAUGGGCGCUCUUGCUCAUGGCUUCCAAGGCAUGAACAUGGGCAACCAGUCCUUCGCGGCUCAGGCCAAGAACGCCAUGAUGUCGACUGCGGCCAACAAUGGCUAUGGCGGGCUCCCAACGGCGACCUCGAUGUCAGCUUCGAUGUACGGUGCCGGCGGACAGUACAUGUACCCGAACGGCUUCGCUGCUGCUGCCAACGCCCAGUCUCCUGGCAUGUACACUCCUCACGCUUCGCAGUACAUGCCGCAGCUCAACUACGGGGGCUAUCAGCAGCACGACAACAGCCCGCUCUCGCAGAACUGGACGCCGACCACUGCUGGAGCCACCGGCGAAGUCCCAACGCUCAUCACUCCACGCCGCGGUUCCAUCUCGUCGAACGAGAACGACCAGCCAACGACCCCUUCGUACGCCGGCUACCCCUACGCCGGCAAUGGCGUGGCCAUCAACCGCUCGCCCAGUGGUGUCUUCACCCACAGCACCCCAUCUCCGACAUCCAUGAUGGCUCCGUACGGCAUGCCCGUUGCCAAGCAGCCCGAGCAGAGCGAAGUCUCCCCACGCAUUAAGAUGCUGGUCACCCGUGACCCUGCCAUACCACGUGCCAUCCCAGCACCCUCUUCGCCACUCAAGCCCCUCGAUCGUGCCCUCGAGAAUCAGCGCGGCGAGACGAAUGUGUACAUCCGUGGCUUGUUACCGGAGACAACAGAUGAGAUGCUUGAGUCCUGGGGCAGCCGGUUUGGUGACAUCAAGAGCUCGAAGUCCAUCAUCGACUUGAACACUGGCCUCUGCAAGGGCUUCGGUUUCGUCAAGUACCACAACUACGAGGACGCCGAGAACUGCAUUCGUGGCUUCCACUACCUGGGCUACGAAGUGAGCUUCGCUCGCGAGUCCUUCUACUCGAAGCUCAAGACCUUCUCCGAUGAGGGCAACACCAACCUCUACGUGUCCAAUCUUCCGAAGACCAUGAACGAGCAUGAGCUCGCCAACCUCUUCCAACCUCACAAGGUCUGCUCCUCACGCAUCCUGCGUGACAAGAAUGGCCAUGGCCGUGGUGUUGGCUUCGCACGCUUCGAGAGCCGGGACGAUUGCGAGGAGGUCAUCAAGACCUUCAACAACCACACCAUCAAGACUGCCGGAGAAGAGCUCCAGGUCCAGAUCCGUUACGCCGACACCCAGGAGCAGAAGUCUCUCAAGCAGCAGACCCAAGCUGCACGUCAGUUCCGGUCCGCAGAAUACGAGUAUGCAACACAAGCCUGGCGCCAGGGCCGUCUUCCAUACGCUGGCUCCACGGUCCACGACACCAACCAGAACACUAACGAGUUCGACCAGUACCUUGGCACCACACCGGCCAUUCCCAUCCAAGGCCAGCGUUGGGCUCAGUCCGCCAUCCGCCAGGCACCUGGGCGUAGCCCGCUCGGUGCAGUGCCGUACACCAACGCCUCUCAGCCACCACUUGUUCAGAUAAACGUGGCUUCGGGAGCCGAAGGUCAGACUGGGACGUCCGAGACCACUGUCGACGCGAAGGCUGCCACCACAUCGCCGGUGACGGCUCAUGCAAACAGCCCGGUCGACUCUGCAGCACCAUCCACCGAAGAGUAAUGGCCAUGCAUCCUGGCACGCCCGACUCUUCAUCCCAUCGCUACUGUCAACGACACGAAUGCACCUUGUAAACUAUCACGAGUAGACGACUGGCGUCACGAUCCCACGAAUGACUACGACUGCAUGCACUUUCUGCACUCGGACCUUUGCAUUACUACAGCACGCUGAUGCUUCUGUCCAACUCUUGUCGCUCGCUCGCACCAACAGUAUGGACAUCUGAACAGAGGAAUAUGGUGGCAUCUACAACAUGAUCAUCAACAAUGUGUGUUGGUCAUGCCACCCGGCUGGCUUGGAAGUUGUCUACACUUAGCUUUUACGACAUGUCAUCGGUUCUUGUUUGUUCACAUCGGCGGCGGCAGCAAGGCUCUGCCAUGAAGACUGUAGCCCUCACGGGCACUAUCGGGUAUUCAAUGGCAUGGAUGAGGACGUGGGAGAGUAAUGGUAAUUGUUCGCUGCGAUGUUUCAUUCAAGCGUUCAUGACUCGAAUGCACGGA